UGCUGACAGUUUCUUCUCUGGCAGCGGAUCAGAUCAAACACCAGCAGGAGAUUGUGCACACAGACCGCAGGCUAAACAGAUAACAACUCUAAAGUUGGUCUUAUUUGCAUUGGACACGACAGCGUUUUACAUCCAGCUAGAUCUUCUUCUUUUUUUACUUGUUUUACUGUUAGACACUUUUGCACGUUUUGCACGGAGCUGACGGACACAAAAUGUCCCAUGAAUACUCGCAGGGAGAGUAGGCUAACGAUGAUAAUACGACAGCCUGAACUACAAUACUUUAACAGGCUGUUCCUGGUACUGUAUCUGCAGGACUCAAGAGUGAGUUUUUAGCGACUCUAAGAGUCAAAUGUUUACUUUUUACAUGACAUUUAUGGAAAUUAGGUCUUAUAUUAUGGCUACAUAGUGUGCACAUUUUAUGGUUUUAUUUCACUAAAAUCUGCUUAAACAGUUAUAUAUAGAGCAUUUGUAAUUCAAGUGUCAAAUAUUACAAGUAUAACUCGGUUUUUCAGCCUUUAUACAUGAAUUCAAACCGACGGUCACUGGCUGAAACCCUCCUUUUCAUGCGGAACCCAUAAUUGGAGACCUCACCGUGCCAUCUACUUAACGCGCGCCCUCGACCGGAGCAGUAUGCAGCACGAGCGCCUGCUCAAAGUCUUGGUCAUCGGCGAUCUCGGAGUCGGUAAAACGUCCAUCAUAAAGCGCUACGUGCACCAGGUCUUCUCCCAGCAUUACCGCGCAACCAUCGGAGUGGACUUCGCCCUCAAGGUACUCCAUUGGGACCAGAGGACGGUGGUGCGGCUGCAGUUGUGGGACAUCGCCGGGCAGGAACGCUAUGGCAACAUGACCCGUGUGUACUACAGAGAGGCAGUGGGAGCCCUCGUCGUCUUCGACAUGACCAGACUGUCCACAUUUCAGGCCGUGCUCAAGUGGAAAGGAGACCUGGACUCAAAGGUCGCCCUUAGCAAUGGGACACCAGUUCCAGCCGUUCUAUUGGGCAAUAAGUGUGACCAGCGGAGUUUGUGCCCCAAGCUGCCCAAACUGGAGAACUUCUCCAGAGAGUACGGAUUCGUCGGCUGGUACGAAACCUCUGCCAAGGACAACACCAACAUUGAUGCAGCCAUCACAUGCUUGGUGAAGAGCAUCAUGACUGUGGAGGAUGAGAGAGCCUUGCGUGACGCCACCACCGCCGGCAGAAGUGAACCGGAAGGCAGCGUUCUGGUUCUGCCACGCUUCGACUACAACACAAAGGAAAAGGGACUCAGUGGGUGUUCAGGAUGCCCCUCGCUUAAAUCCAGAGACAGGGAAAAUGACUGAAGGAGGGAGGGGUGGACGGGUCUAACCUAGCAGACUGGAAAGAGAUUACUUUGUUAAAGGAUUAAUAUGUUGUAACUUAAAGAUGCCUCCCCUUCCUGCCUCGCUUUUAUCCUCACGAAUGCAUUUCUUCAGAGAUGUUGGAGGACACAGUUUAAGAGUUUGUGUUUUUUUCUGAAAAAUCCAUAAUAUAAUUAAGUAAGUAUUGUAUUUGGUAGAACAGAAAUUGAGUCAAAAAUGUGUUCACCAUUGAAAAAAUCUCUUCUCGAAAGAAAAGUAAUACUGAAAUGUUUUAUGGAUUUGAUCAUCUGAAAACCAGGUUUUUAUAAAGAUAUUGAAAUAUUUUGUUUACGCACAGCAACAUUUUUAGGCUUGAGACAGAUGAAUUUUACAAGAACUUUUUUGUUUUGUAACAUGUUGAAAGUCAAUUCCUUAUAUAACCAUUUUAUUUGUGUAUUUUAGAAGUUCACAUGAAUCCGUCACACGUCUUUUCUAUUUCUUGUCCGAACAUUUCAAAGGCCUUUUUUUUGUGCUUUGAUGCUUUUGUAUAAAAGACGUGCUUUUUUCAUCGGGCUUUGAAAGCAAGAAAAACAGCAUAUGUUUAAAUUUAAAAAGCCAAGAAAACCUGUUCUAUCCACAACUGUUUUUAAAAUGAUAUGUCUAAUGUUUUGUCUCUCUCUGUCUGUCUCUCACAGUGCUAUGUAAGCAGCUGCUUUAGUGAUGCUAGAUUUAUUGAUAUUUGAUAUGAGAUAAAUUUAAAGGGGGGGUUGUUUUGUAUCUUGAGUGUAAGUGAGCAAAAUGCAGUUUAACUGUCACAACACACGUAAGCUUUCUGAGGCAAAAGUGUCGAGUUCUUUUGCAUGUUUACACUACGGUUUGAGUUCAGUUACAGAUAAUCAUCUGAGGACUUAAAGGCACCCUGUGGAGUUUUUGUCUUCUUCUAUGGAGCUUCCCAUUUUGUUUGCAUCUCAAGCCCCACUAGCAUAUGAACAAGGAGGCAUACUGUAUGUACACAUUGCUGCUGACAACAGAGGGUGGCACUUAAAAUGUGUUGUGCAUGCAAGCCACGCUAUUCCAGUGUUAGUUUAAAGAAGCAUUGCAAUGUGCCAAUGAAACGCAGAAGACUAGUCGAUGUAAACAUUGCUAUUUUUAAAGUAAAUAUUGGAUUUGUGUUUUAUGAAAAAUUAAUUGCAUUGUCUGUCAGGCCUCAAUGGUUCUCACAAUGUCUUUUGUGCCCUGAAAACAACUGUUUUUGUCCACUUUUAAAAUGGUGAUGUUAGCAGCCAUUUCUUUUAGUUUUGUUGCUAUGUCUCCAUCUAGUGCUCAGUGGUGUGUUCUCACUAAACUAUACUUUGAGAUAACCUGUCGUGUGACGCUUUAUUUUUCUGUUCAUGAAGUUUGAGACUUGACUUAGUUUUCACCAUAGAUUGUAUAGAAAGAUGUACAAAAGUGAAACCAAAAUAUCCCUAAUACGGACACUGCCAUCUUGUCAUUUUGGAGCCAGAGUCUGCAUAGUGGUGAUCAGGGGGAUGGAGCCGCGGUAUCAAAGUCCCGCCUGUACAACCACCCGACCAAUUGCGAGUCAAGCAAAGCUGUCAAUCAAGAUGUUUAACCUUGUUUUUAUAGCAUCAAAUAACAAAUAAAACCAAACUUAUCAGAACAAUGAACACUUAAACACACCUCAGCAUGAUCAGAGCUAGCUAAAAUGACCUUAAACAUCUUUGGAAAAGAAUUAUUUGACGUGUACUUUAAUUUUUUUGUUAGGCCCAUGUCCAAUCUGCUAACAUGGAACAAAGAAGGGGCGGGGUUUAUGACCUACACUGCAGCCAGCCACUAGGGGGCGUUAGAGAGUCCAUCUUUAUAUACAGUCUAUGGUUUUUACAUAUAACAGAAUGUCUCUCUAGAGAUUGAAAUGUCUUUCUAUUGGUCAACUAUUGUUGGACAUAUUGCUAUAAAAGUUUGUACAAAAAUUCAUACUGUUGUGCCCAGAUAGCCCACUGACUUUGGUGAGCCCUUAACUUUUCAUCUAGCGCCAUCAUCAGGUCAAAAUUUUAUUCAGUUUAUGACCAAAUACCUGCAAAACCAAUAACCUAUUAUACCAGCCCAUUGUUUUUAUUGUUAAUUAGCAAAUAUUAGCAUGCUAACACGCUAAAUUAAGAUAGUGAAAAGAUGUUAAAAAUACCUGCAUGACAGCAUUGUGAGCAUGUUAGCAUGUUUCACAGUGGCAUUAUUUUAAAACCGUGCACUACUGGAUUGUUACUCAGUUACUGUUAUUAUGUUAUAUUGUCAUGAUAGAUUAUCAAAACAGUGAUGUGAUUACAAGUCAUCACUAGAAGUUCCUUCUCUUUCACAUGCAUAAUUUGAUUUUCAGUUAAUGUAUUCUGGGUAUUGAGACGGGCGAUCUUUAUUUAGUUUUCGCUGGAACACAGUUUUCAAGUGAAAUAUUAUCUCAUUCUGUCAUUGUUCAAUCGCCUCUAGAAUAUGAAUCAUUCAAUCAGCUUCAUUAUGUUUUUACUCUUUUAGCUCACCAUCUCUGUUCUCUGAAUGUGUUUGCCAGCUCUUACAUCUGUAUUGCUCUGUGAAUAAAAGCUUGAAAACUAACCCUAAUUAUAUAUGUAAGAUUGUCAACAGUGUUUCUGUCUAUGUAGGUUCAGCACAGUUCUGAACUUGCUGUUCUGCCUGAUGUAAUGCACUAUAAUUUUGCGCCCACCCAUGUGAAUUUAUUCCCAUUCACUGUGCCAGAAUAUGCAUUAUACCCACUCUUUCAGGGAAAAGUGUUCAUUUUUUGCCUUAUUCAUAGUAACAUGCAUUCACAGUCCAACCUCAGGCUGAAAAGGUUCACUUUAAGUGUGCUGUAAAUGCUUUGCAGGAAAGUAAUGGAAGUUGGGAGAAAGGACCACUGAUGAAAUUACUUAAGUUUGUGAUGAAAACUAUAUCAUCCACAUCCCCACUAGACCUCUCAUUAUAGUACUUAAAUUAAGCACUGACAAGAUGGCCCUCCUGGGGUGUGCAAUUAUUUUACAACAAAUUGCAAAACAAUUUUUUUAUGUCGAACCUUUCAUCUCCUUCCUGAAAGACAGUGUAUCUUUAAUGGCGUCUUUAUCAGCACACAGAAAUGUAAAUUCCAAAAAAUAGAGGCAUUGCAGAGUUU